UCAUAGAGUUGUAGCCUUUAUUAAGAACAGAAAAGUAUCAAAUCUUUUAUUAUUCAAUUUUCAGAAUACAAGAGUAUGUUGGUGCUUGGUAACUAACAGACCACACGAAACACACUGGACAUAACAGUUUUACAAAACUUAGUUAUGACUAAUACUCGAGUAAGGAACAUAGAGUAAAAAUGUUGUAACGGUCGCUACUGUGGUAACGAAACGGUAAUGCGGCAUCGGGAGUGAUGCACUUAUCGUAAAGCCUAAAACAUCAACGAUAUCCCAUGAUACGACCAAAACACAAUUUUCUUACACCUAAUUUACAACACGGGGAAUAUCCGUAUUGUUUUUAAAAACCUUUACAACGUGGCCGAUGCAAUGCGAUGCGACUAUGGUAAGGAAUCCAAGAAAUAGGAUGCCUAACAACCUUGUAAACAACAUAACAAAUCUACAUCCUUGUUUUAAUAUGAUAUGCAACCUAGUCCCUAGAUCUGAUAUGUGCUUCUUAGCUAGCUGUUUCACGGUCUGCUGGUUGGUGUGUUGCUGGCUGUGCUUUGACUAUGCUUGUGGCUGUACAUGCUACUCCAUAUUGCUCCUUUACUGCAUUGUUUGUGCUGUUUCACUGCAUUAUUAACCUGGGGGAUGAGGGCUGAGAUAAUAACCACGUAUCACAACAUCCCCUCAAACUUGGGAUUAGUACAUUCCUAAUUUUCUUUACAAAUGUUUUAAAUGAACAAAGCUCAAGUUUUUAAUAAAUAUAUCAGCUAUUUGGUUGUGUGUUGGUAAAUAAGCCAAUUGUAAUAACACUUCUAUAUACAGUCUUUAUAUGAAAAACCGGCUUCCUUGCAAUAUAUAGUUGAGUGAUUAUCAGAAAGUAGUGUAAUAUGCUUUUGAAUACAAACACCUAAUUCCUAAAGUAAUCUAACUAUCCGAGUAACCUCUAAUAUAUUAUUUAAAGUAUGUAAUUAUGUUUUCUCAUGAGAACACCCAAGUGUUUGCAUGAACUGACUCAAACUUUGUACUAUAUAGAAUAAAUCUAGGUGCUUUUGUUAGUUAGGAAAUUCAACUUUCCAACUAUAAUUCCGUAUAGCAUUGAAAUCUUCAGUUAAUUUGGUAUUAAGUAGUAAUGGUGUGUUAACUACUAGCCAAUAACUCCUUAGUAAAUUAAUGAUGUGUUAACACCAUAUCGUUAGCAUAUAUCUCACUUCAAUAAUUAGGAAGUGAUGUAAUUCAUCAACAUAUACAGUACAAGAACAAUUUUGUAGUUUGUUUCUUUAAAAACAAAGAGUAAUCAUUUUUGAAUUGUUCAUAUCUUUUGAAUUUUAAAUCUUCAAGAAGUUUAGCAAACCAUUGACGAGAAGCUUAUUUCAAGCCAUAUAAUGAGUUAAGCAAACAAACUUGAUAAGAAAAUCUUGAAUCACCAUGAUGUUAUGCACAAUAUUUCUAUUUUCUACAAAACCAGAUUCAUUCUAGGAAAGAAUACUAGGUAAAACCAAUUUCAUUCUUGAAAAUACGAUCUUAGUGAUACACUUGUUUGGUUCAUUUGGCAAUCUCUAUGGUACUUUUAUAUUAACUUCAUGUGAAUUCCAUUAAGAAAAGCAUUAUUAAUAUCUAAUUAAUGCACUUUUCAUUUAGAACUUGUUGCAAUAGCUAAUAUACACCUAAUAGUUGACAUUUAGAACUGGAUUAUGGAUAUUGACAAACUUCUUCAUAUGAACUAGAUUUAUUAAACUGCUUAUGUUUUUGUAAUUUGCACUAAAAAGCACUAGAUUGCACCAAUGCUGAUCUAUUGCACUCAUAAUUCUACAAAUAGCUUGGCUUAUUGGUAAUCCUAUUUGGUUUCUUAAGGCUAUUUGGUCAUUACUGAUCUUGUCGUGUGUGAUUAGGAUUAUCCUUAUUAGAUCACGAUUCACCGGUUUGUGCACUUGUUUGUUGACCAAUAAUAUUAUCACUGUUAUAAUCACUAUCAGCAUGUAACAUAGUAUCUUUAAAGAUAAAAUAUUCACCAUCACUAAGUAAGAAAAUUUUCUUAAUUGUUAGUAGCACUAUUAAUCGAAAUGGGAAAAAGUUUUCAUGAAAUCUCAACAUUCUAGAGGUAAAAUCCAACUUGAUGAUUAAAUCAUAGAGUUUAUAAGUUUUUUGGUGUUGUGCAUAAACAAUAAUUACGCAAGGAUGUGCUUUAGGAUCAAACUUAGUCCUAUCUUUUUUGAAGGUGAAAACAAGUUACAAACAGCCAAAAGUUUUUAGCAUAAAUUAAUAUGACUUUGAGCCAAAACAAUUUUUCAUUAAGAGUUAUUAUUCCAGAAACAGUUAAAGGGAUUUUGUUAAUAAGAUGAAAUGCACAUUGCACACAAUCUCUUAUAAAUUGCACUUUGGAUUAAAAAUUCAAGGCUUUCGAAUCUUCUAGCAAAUGCCUAUGUUUUAUUUCAACACCGGUUACUUUUGGUUUAUCAACACAACUAGAUUGGUGUAUAAUUCCGUUUUCAAGGAAAAAAUGGAAUGCAUCCUCUUCAAAUAACUUUUUUGGAUUAUCAUUUCUUACAAUUUUGAUUUGUUUCUCAAAUUGAUUUUGCAUAUAUUGAUAAAAAUGUUUAAUACUCCAUGUGCUAAGAACUCACACUUAUAUUGACUCGAACAUGGCUUUUAUUAACUAGGAAAAAGCAUAGACAACAAAGCACUUAGAGAAGUACUUUGGUGUACAAUGACAAAGAAGGGUAUUACUAAGAAAUACAUUGAUAUAGUGCAAGAUAUGUAUUGAGAAGUAAAGACAAGUGUUAGGACACAUUGAGGGGAAACAAAGGAUUUCCCAAUCACAAUUGGCCUUCAUUAACGCUCAACCCUAAGCCCUUUUUCUUUUGCAGCAGUCCUAGAUGAUAUUACUCGUUCAAUACAAGGUGACGUGCCUUGGUGCAUCUUAUUUGUUAAUGACAUUGUUUUGAGUUGUGAGAACAAAGAAGGGCUGAAUGCUAAGUCAGUAUGAUGGAAACAAGAGUUGGAGUCAUGAGGUUCAAAUUAAAUUGGAGCAAGAUAUAGUACGUGGAGUGUAACUUUAGCACAAAUGAGAUAAAAAUGAACACUACAAAGCUAAAAGAGAAAGAAAUCGCUAUAAGUGGAUGCUUUAAAUAUGUUAUUCCAUAUUUCUAUGUAGUAGGGAAAUCCAACAAGAUAUGACCUAUAGAAUUAGCAUGAGUGAAAAAAAUGGAGAACGACUGCUGAAAUAUUAUGUGAUUGAGGUGUGACCUUAAAUUUAAAGGGAUCGUUUUAUCGAAUGACUAUUAGACCUACGCUACGAAAUGGAUCAAAAUGUUAGGCUUUUAGUAAGAAUCAUAGUAGAAAGAGGGAAGUAGUGGAAAUGUGAAUGCUUUGAUGGCUAAAUAGGUGUACCUUGAGCGAUAGAAUUCAAAAUAAAGAUUUGAGUACGGGUUUAGGAGUCGCAAAUAUUGAGGAAAAGAUGAAAGCAAAUCGUUUAAGAUGGCUUGCUAAUGUCAAAUAUGGGGUAUGAGCGAACCGAUAAGGAAAAUAGAAAGUUGGAGCUCAGAAGACUUAUAAAGAGGGCGAGAAAGAUUGAAAAUGACUUGGCGGAAAAUAGUUUAAAAGAAUAUGAAGGAUCUAGACUUGUAAAUUGAGAUGGCAGAAAAUCAAAGUUAAUGAAGAAAAAUUCAUGUGGAUGAUUUUAAAGCAAAUAUAUUGUUUCCUAAAGCCGACUCCCUAGAUUAAGGCUUUUGUAUUUUUGUUGUAACAUUUGAUAUUUUUGCAGAAUCAAAAAAAUCCCAGGGAAUAUAGAGAAAUGAUCAAAAAUUGUUACAAACAUUGUGCAUUUUAAUCUUGAGACAUAUUUCAAUGGACCUUAUACAUCAACAUGUAAAAGCUAAAAUAUUUCAUUUGUAUGAAACAGGCAUUUGUUUGAAAUCUUUACUGUCAAACAGUAAAAACUAGUAAAAAAGGUGAGUUAGAACCGCUAUAAAAAGAUAAAAAAAAGAUUAUUAAUUAAAAGAGAAAUGAAAAGACAACUUAUUACGUUUUUUUGCUUUGUCGUUCCCAAUUCCCGACGUUCUUCUAUUAAAAAAAGUGAUAUGUUUUCCAUCUUUCCUUCUUGUUCACGUAAACAUUAUAAUGACAGCAUAAUCUUCCUCUUUUACUUUUCUUUUUUUCCAUCUUCUUCUGUUUUUCUCAACUAAUUUAACAAUGACGGCUGAAAUUUAUGGGCGCACUCUCCGACGAUUUGGUACGCGUCCCAAGGCGAUUCGGUUCGGUGUCGUUCCAUGUUCUUGGUCGAACGUUCCCGAUCGGAAAACAGUUGGAUGUUUUGCAUUCCAGAAUUUGAGCAGAUUAACCCACUUCGUUACGUUCCAGUUCUAAUUGAUGACGGAAUUGUGGUUUCAGACUCCUUGGCAAUCCUUAUGUACCUAGAAGAUAAGUAUCCUGAGAAUCAACUUUUGCCUAUUGAUCCUUGCAAACGAGCUCUUGCUCUUCAGGCUUGUAACAUAGGUUGCCAGCAUCGUCAGCUGCAGCAUACAGCCACUUCACAUGAACUCAGUGAGUCUAUUAAGAAGAAAAUUAGUGAAGAAGACAGUUCAACAUGGGCUCAAACGGUCAUCAAUAAGGGCUUCCUUGCUCUGGAAAUGUUGCUGAAAGAUUUUGCUGGCAGAUAUUGUAUUGGAGAUGAUGUUUCCAUGGCAGAUGUAUUUCUGGCACCACAGAUUUCAAUUGCAAUGAGCAGAUUUAAUAUUGACAUGUCAAAGUAUCCAACAAUAUGCAAGGUGUAUGAAUCGUGCAAAGCAUUGCCUGAAUUCCAAGCAUCUGUACCUGAAAGACAACCUGAUGCGAAAAAGAGUGUGAUUGCUUAGCUUUGAGUUUUAAUGGUAGUUAGUAUGGUAUCAUUGUGAUCAAUGAUGGGUGUGUAUGUUUUACAUUGUACAUUUGUGUUUAAAUCAUCAUCUUGCAUUAUUCUUUUUUAGGGUGCGUACUGUAUUUUGUGAGUUUUAAUGAAAUGGAGAUAUCCGUGUUGCUCC